CGGUCUGGGCGCGCUUCCGGGUGAGGCCGCGCCGGCUCCGCUCCGUCCCGCGGCGCCACCGAUGCCCGUGCGCCGCGGAGCCCAGUCUUCCUGCAAAAUGGGGCUGAAAAAGCAGCGACUCUUGGAGGCAGAGCAGCCUCAGAACCUGCAGGAUGGAGCCUGGAUACCUGCCCCUAAGGAGCCCUGCUUGAGGCCACCUGAGACCUCAGGCCUCCAGCGCAGCAUCUACUUCUCAAGCCCAAAGAACCCCCCUCAUCGACUGGGAAAUGAGUUUUUUGACCAGCCUGCAGUGUCCCUGGCCCGUGCACUUCUGGGAAAGGUCUUAGUCCGGCGACUCAGUGAUGGCACAGAGCUCCGCGGCCGCAUUGUGGAGACUGAGGCAUACUUGGGGCCAGAGGAUGAAGCUGCCCACUCGAGGGGUGGCCGCCAGACCCCCCGCAACCGUGGCAUGUUCAUGAAGCCAGGCACUCUCUAUGUGUACAUCAUCUAUGGCAUGUACUUCUGCAUGAAUAUCUCUAGUCAGGGGGAUGGGGCAUGUGUCCUGCUGAGAGCACUGGAACCCCUGGAGGGCCAGGAGACCAUGCGGAAGCUUCGCAUCACCCAUCGGAAGAGCACUGCCAGCCGGGCCCUCAAAGACCGUGAGCUCUGCAGUGGACCUUCCAAGUUGUGCCAGGCCCUGGCUAUUGAUAAGAGCUUCGAUCAGCAAGAUCUUGCCAAGGAUGAGGCUGUGUGGCUGGAGCACAGCCCCCCAGCAUUCGGUGAACCAGCAGCUGUGGUGGCGGCAGCUCGAGUGGGUAUUGGUUAUGCAGGAGAGUGGACCCAGAAACCACUACGUUUUUAUGUCAGGGGCAGUCCUUGGGUCAGUGUGGUAGACAGAGCAGCAGAGCAAGAGACAAAGGCCUGAUCCAGGAGCU